AUGGGCAGCACGCGUUUCCCUGGUGGGGCUUUGCCCGCCUGGACAGCUGCCACCGGUAACUCCAGUCCUUGGUGGCCUUCGGCCAGCAGCCCCACGGAGGCCCCCAACGCUAGCCUGUAUGUCUCGGGGGGUGACAGUCGCAACGAGGAGCUGGCCAAGCUGGAGAUCACCGUGCUGGCUGCCACUUUCGUGGUGGCUGUGCUGGGCAACAGCAGCGUACUUCUGGCCCUGCACCGCACCCAGCGCAAGACGUCUCGGAUGCACCUCUUCAUCCGCCACCUCAGCCUCGCCGACCUGGCCGUCGCCUUCUUCCAGGUGUUGCCCCAGCUGUGCUGGGACAUCACCUACCGCUUCCGCGGCCCCGACGGCCUGUGCCGCGUCGUCAAGCAUCUGCAGGUCUUCGCCAUGUUCGCCUCGGCGUACAUGCUGGUGGUGAUGACCGCCGACCGCUACAUCGCGGUGUGCCACCCUCUGAAGACUCUGCAGCAACCUGCCCGGCGCUCCCGGGUCAUGAUCACCGCCGCCUGGGCGCUGAGCUUCGUGCUCAGCACGCCCCAGUACUUCAUCUUCUCCAUGAUCGAGGUCAACAACGUCACCAAGGCCCGCGACUGCUGGGCCAACUUCAUCCAGCCCUGGGGGCUCCGCGCCUACGUGACCUGGAUGACCGGGGGCAUCUUCGUGGCCCCGGUCAUCAUCCUGGGCACCUGCUACGGCUUCAUCUGCUAUCACAUCUGGCGGAAUAUCCGCGGCAAGACGUCCACGGUGAAGAGCAAGGAGGAGGAGGAAGCGGCUGUCGGCGCCUUGCGCAAGGGCCUUUUGUCGGCCUCCUGUGUCAGCAGUAUCAAAUCCAUUUCUCGGGCCAAGAUACGCACGGUGAAGAUGACUUUCGUGAUCGUGACAGCCUACAUCGUGUGUUGGGCGCCCUUCUUCGUGGUCCAGAUGUGGUCUGUCUGGGACCAGCAGUCCUCUUGGACAGAUUCUGAAAACCCUGCCAUCACCAUCACGGCUUUACUGGGCUCCCUGAACAGCUGCUGCAACCCCUGGAUUUACAUGUUUUUCAGUGGCCAUCUUCUACAAGACUGUGUACAGAGUUUCCCCUGCUGUCGAAAAAUGAAGCAACCAUUGAGCAAAGAAGAUUCUGAUAGCAUGAGCAGAAAGCAUACUUCCUUCACUAACACCCGAAGCCCCACAAAUAGCACUGACACCUGGAAAGACUCCCCUAAGUCAUCCAAGUCCAUCAGGUUUAUUCCCAUUUCAACCUGACUCCACUAUGCAGUGAGAGUUUUUUGAGUGAUAGUGGAAAACUUCAGGUGGGUGAAGCCAGGCGUCAUUGGAGCAUAAGAAAUGUCUGAAAUACAAGUUAAGUGUACAGUACUGUAUUUCUAGAGAGCUUCUCUCACUGAUGUGAACAAAAGCUGUAAAUAAUUUUGUAGGAACUGUUAUCAAAAACUCACUUUGCUGAAAUAUGGGAAAGUGAUUCCCUCCUGGCAGAAUUGAAGUCAUUUUUCUAAAGGAAAAAAAAUCAUAGUAAAAUACCUCCCUCCACCCAUUCCUCCCUUCCCCCUUCCCACCCCUCUUGGCUUUAUUCUUUUCUAUUUGUUCCCAAAGUAACUAGUGCAUGGUCAGUUUAAUAUAAUAUUCAUUUAAUUUAGAGGCACCACUUUUCCCUGAAAGGAAUUAGAAAAGGCUUCAAAGGAAUCAGUGCUUCAGGCAACUGAGAAUGUCGUCUCUGCUGGCAUGGGAGUAAGUUGAAGACAGAUAUCCUAGGUCCUUCCUAUCAGCCUUAUGCAAAAAUGGAGAAGGUUUAUUUUUACUGCCUUUGUGCAUAGGACCACCACUAUGCAACUUGGGACCAAGAACUAUAGAACUAUGAACAGCUAAAGCCCUAUACCAGGGAAUAAAGCUUACUACAUUAACAUAUUUCAGACACUUUCCCCAGUAGAAAUGGAAAAUGAUGGCCGUCUUGUGGUGUUUUCAUAUAUAAAGAAAUUCCUAAAAAACAUUUUUUUAAAAGUUACAAGAGUAGGGAUUUAGAGCGGGAAAGGAUUUCAGAAGUCAUUGAGUCCAACACCCUGCUUCUUUUUUUUUUUAAACAGAUAAGCAAAAUAUGACCAAGAAAAGUUAAGAGACUUGCCCAAAAUCACUCAGAUACAAAGUGGCAAAACCAAGAUGAUUUGAACCUCAGACCACACACUAAGCACACUUUUUUGUGCACCAAACAGAAACAAAGAGAUUUCUGUAAUGUAUGGGAACCUGGUACUUUUGGUCUUUGCUUUUUUCAAAUAGUAAGGUUCAAAGUUUUUGAAAGAAUAACACAGAAUAUGGAUUUAUUCCCCUGAUACUGAAAUUGCCUUGGCCUUUGCUUUUGGCCCCAGACCCCUCUUGUCAUUUGGCAUUUUCAUAGUACUGGUGCACUCAGAGCCAUACUGUUUAUUUUUGUCCACUAAUAUGGAUGGUUUAGUGUCUGGGCUACCAAAAUUCUAAAAUGCAAAUAUAGCUCUGCUGAUUCAUCGGGAAAAUGUUUCCAAUGGGCAGGAAAAUGAUUCAUUUUGAAGCAAAGUCUUCUGGCUUAAGGUAAGAAAUGCUUACCUUUGGAGACAGGUGAUUUAAAGGCCUAAACCAUCCAUUUAGUUGAUUUCUGAACAAAGGCAAAUUCUAAUUUGGCUUUUUCUGUUUACAUAGCAUCUAUAAUUAGGGGAGCUCAGUGUGCUUUUUAGCCCAUUAUGUUUGCCUCCUACCUUCCUCAUGGAAAUGAUGCCAGGGUUUUAUGAUAUUUACGGUGUUAUGAAACACUGUAAAUACUUCGGGUUCCUUAGAGGAGAUAAUAUUUGCUGUUGACAUUAUUGUUGUAUGUGAACUUGUGUGUUUUGUAUGAGGAAAUCUAUUUUUCCCUCUUUAAAUAUAAGGCACUAGGGCAUAGGGGGCAGGAAGCAUGCCUCUGGGGGAAAAUUGUCAUCUUGCCUCCUCUUCAUUCCCCUGAAAUUCCAAAUCCUUUAUUGUUUUACUCCCAGAGAUGCUGUGUAUUAUGAAAAAAAAAAAAAAAACAGAGGAAGGGAUGUUGCGGGGAGGGGCAGUGAGUGCAAUUUAUGCAUGCCAACCCUUAAGUUAUCACAGUUUGGCUUUCUCAAAGUUAUGACUGUUUCUUUAAAUAGUUGCUUUCAAGCAGGUGGGUGUAUACUUUGAAACUACCCCACAGGUGAGAACACUAUGUAACAAGACCCUAUUCAAACUUCAGUAAAUAUAAAGCCACCAUUUAAAAAUUUUAUUGGAAUUUAAUGCAUUUUGGAGAGAGAGAGAGAAAGAACAAACAUUUACACAAGCAAAAUAAAAUAGAGGAUUAAUAUAUAGCACUUUUCUUGGGAGGGAGCAGUAUAAGCUUUGCUUGAACUAAAUUCCACUCUAUAAUAACAAAGUGAUCUGGGAUCUUUCAAUGUAGGCUCUAUUUUAACACAUUUAUACAUGUAGAUGUAAUACACUCCCUUCCCCUAAACAAGAAAAUCUAAUUUGGAUUCUGCCUUCCAGGAAUAUGAAAGAAAUAAAAGACAUAGGUCAAUUUAUGCAGUAUAGUUCUACUUUUCUCAUGAAGCAAUACCAUAUAAUGGAAAAGUGCUAGACUAAAAGUCUAGAGAUCCCAGUUUUAAUUCUGGACAAGUCAAUCAAGCUCUGUGGUCCUAAGGUUCUUCAGUCAUCUCAAAAGUACUGCCUGGCUGCUCCAUAAUUAUGUGCCAUGAUAAUAACAGCUCACAGCUAUGUAGUGCUGAGAGGUUUAAAAGCAUUUUCUUCACAGCUCUCCUUCUGAGGUCAGUAAUAUAGGUAUGUUCAUCCUCAGUGUGUGUGUGUGUGUGUGUGGGGGUGGGUGAGGGUGUGUACCAAUUCAAACAAGACAGGCAGAGAACAGCAAGCAGAAUAUUAUCACCUAGAGGACUACAAGGUGUCCCAAAAGUCUUAGUGCAGGUUUAAGCUAUUAAGGCUUGAAGCCAUUAAACUAUUAAAGUUUAUAAUAGGAUUAAAACUGCACUAAAAUUUUAGGGACACCCUACAUUAGCUAUUUUCCAAAAAAAAAAAAAAAAAAGAUUCAACAACAUACCCUUUUUGGCCUGAGCAAUUUGCUUGUGAUUGGAGUACAGACUGAAGACUUGGAGGCAAAGAACAAAUUCAUUGUUUUGGUUUGAGGGGGAAGAACAAACAUAUUUGUGAUAUCCAUUUGGACAUGGAGGAUGUGCUAUUUUAUUCACAGGAGGAACCUAUGUUUGGGGACAUUUAUCUAAGGAAACUUUGAAAUAGCUAAAUUAAUAAAUAGUGAGGAGGUAUGGCAUGAUGGAUAGCCUCAGAAUCAGAAAGUCCUGGGUUCAAGGGCCUCUGAUACAUACUGGUCAUGAGACCUUAGGAAAGUCAUCAAACCUCUCAGUGUCCCUGACAAUUGUCCCAAAUUUAGGAGUCAUAGAGAAGGUGUAGAAUUAUAUUUGUAAAGGGAGUUUUCCUCCCCAGGUGAUCCCUGCAAGCCAGGUGGUGCAGUAAAUAGGAUGCUGGGCCUUGAGUCAAGAAGACCUGAGUUCAAAUCUAACCUCAGAAACUUAUGGACCCUGUGACCCAUGUCAGUUUCUUCAACUUAGCACAGUGAUUAGCAUAU